CAGUGUAGACUCCAGUGGGUUUGUAGAAGGCCUGGUCCCGGAUUGUGAACUCGUAGGGGCAAGGAGCUACCUAGUACCGGCCACAAGCCAGAGCUGGGGAUCCCUCGGGCUUUACCCGAGAAGGGGCGGGGCAAGUCCAGCAAGAUUUCCACCCCCCCCCUCUCCCCGAGAAAGGGGGGCGCGGCAGAGGAGGGAGGGGCCCACUGGGGCCGAAUCUCUGGUUCUCUUUAUCUCGCAGCCGGAAGCCUAGGACGGCCGUGCGCUCUCAGUUCAGGCUUGCUGGUCACCAUGACAAUGGAGACAGGCCCUGAUGCUGAGGUGAAGAAAGCACAGGAAGACCCUCCACCCCAAGCCCCACAGCAGCUUGAAGCCUCAGCCUCUCAGGCUCCUGCCCCCGCAGCCUUCACGGGCCCUGCUGGCCAUCCUGAGGCUAACUCCAACGAGAAGCAGGGCACCCAGCCUGAUCCCAGGCACACGGAGCAGGGCCUGGACAUGGAGGAAAAGGACUAUGUCGAGACCGAUGGCCUCUCAGACAGGACAACACCUAGCAAGACCCAGAAAUCUCCCCAGAAGAUCGCCAAGAAAUUUAAAAGUGCCAUUUGCCAUGUGACCCUGCUGGAUGCCUCGGAAUAUGAGUGUGAGGUGGAGAAACAUGGCCGAGGGCAGGUCCUUUUCGACAUGGUCUGUGAACACCUCAACCUCCUGGAGAAGGACUACUUUGGGCUGACCUUUUGUGACCCAGACAGCCAGAAGAACUGGCUGGACCCUUCCAAGGAAAUCAAGAAGCAGAUACGUAGUGGCCCUUGGAACUUUGCCUUCACAGUCAAAUUCUAUCCUCCGGAUCCAGCCCAGCUCACAGAAGAUAUCACAAGAUACUACCUGUGCCUGCAGCUGAGGGCGGACAUCAUCACCGGCCGACUGCCCUGCUCCUUUGUCACACAUGCAUUGCUGGGCUCCUACGCUGUCCAGGCUGAGCUGGGAGACUUCGAUGCUGAGGAACAUGUGGGCAACUAUGUCAGCGAGCUCCGCUUUGCCCCCAACCAGACCAAAGAGCUGGAGGAGAGAAUCAUGGAACUACACAAGACUUAUAGGGGCAUGACUCCUGGAGAAGCUGAGAUUCACUUUCUUGAGAAUGCCAAGAAGCUGUCCAUGUAUGGAGUGGACCUACAUCAUGCCAAGGACUCAGAAGGUAUUGACAUCAUGCUUGGGGUCUGUGCUAAUGGCCUACUGAUCUACAGAGACCGUCUACGCAUCAACCGAUUUGCCUGGCCCAAGAUUCUUAAGAUUUCUUAUAAAAGGAGUAAUUUCUACAUCAAGAUCCGUCCAGGGGAGUAUGAACAGUUUGAGAGUACCAUCGGCUUUAAGCUCCCCAAUCACCGGUCAGCCAAGAGACUUUGGAAGGUCUGCAUUGAGCAUCACACAUUCUUCAGGCUAGUGUCUCCUGAGCCUCCACCCAAGGGCUUCCUGGUGAUGGGCUCCAAGUUCCGAUACAGUGGGAGGACACAGGCACAGACCCGGCAGGCCAGCGCCCUCAUUGACAGGCCUGCACCCUUCUUUGAGCGUUCCUCCAGCAAACGGUACACCAUGUCCCGAAGCCUCGAUGGAGCAGAAUUUUCUCGACCAGCCUCUGUCAGUGAGAAUCAUGACGUGGGGUCAGAGGCUGAGAAGUCUGAAGAAGACAGAGACUAUGGUGGUGGGAGGAGAAAGUCAGAGACAGAGGAAGGAGAGCUCCGGACCCCCACCAAGAUCAAAGAGCUGAAGCCGGAGCAGGAAACCACGCCGAGGCACAAGCAGGAGUUCUUAGAUAAACCAGAGGAUGUACUGUUGAAACACCAGGCCAGCAUCAAUGAACUCAAGAGAACACUGAAGGAGCCCAAUAGCAAAUUGAUCCACAGGGAUCGUGACUGGGAACGUGAGCGGAGGCUGCCUUCCUCACCAGCCUCAUCCUCCCCCAAGCAUGAAGAAGGAACCCCUAAAGGGACCCCUGAGAAAGCUAAUGAGAGCCAGAGAACAGAGGACGCCUCCCAGCUGGAGCCAGGAAUUGCCUUAGGCUUGGAGUCAUUCACCCAGAAAAGUCUUGCGUCAUCUCCUGAGGGUUCGGAGCACUGGGUGUUUAUAGAAAGAGAGUGCUCUCAGCCUGAAGAGCUUGUGCUCAGGAACCUGAGUGCCACACAGCCAGAGGAGCCCCUAGCCACAGCCCCUUCAGAUGACCUCUCCAGCAAGGGGGUCUCCAAGGUGGAUGUCCGGGUGGAUAAGUUCAGAGUUGAAGUGGCCACUGAAGAACUUGUCAGAAUGAAGGGGCCGGGUGAGACCUGCCAGAGAGGAAGGAUGAUUGCAAGUCCCGAGGACUUUGAGUCUGUGUGGGAAGAUGGCAUGUGGGUUCAGGAAGGCCCGGAAAGGACUUCACUCUUGGCUGGUCAUGCAUUAGUAGAGAAAAUCCCAGAUAUCUCCCAGCCCAAGCUCAGCAGUGGGGAGGAAGUCGUUGGGGAACAUAGAACCUCAGCCAACCAAUUUGAGGGACAGAUGGAACUCAGAAAGGAGCUUGAAGAAUUCCAUGCCCGAAAACGACCUUCAGUAACAGGGCCAGGGGCUCAACAGGAAGUGCCUGGGAUGAAAACUUGGGACCCUCACUCUGAAUCUCCAACCUUGGAGAAGGAAGGUAUGAAAACAUCUCCAGGAGACUCAACCAGAGCAGAUUCCAGUGAUGAGACAGAGACCUCCCCAGCAGAAAGGAGCUUUUAUUUAAGUUUUGCAGACAGAGAACAAGAGGAACUGGCCUCCUUUGGCCCUGAAGAUGGGAAGAUAGAAAAUCUAGGCUCCAUCCAGAAAGAUCGGGAAGGCCAAAUGGAAUUGGAAGAUGAGUCAACAGUGGCCCCUGGGGUUAAUUCUUUAGACCAAGCAGUCUCAAGUCUUGGUAGUAAUACUGGUAUGUCCUCAGAAGGAGAUGAGCCCCCAACCAUAGAUGUAGGAUUAGAUGAACUCAAAGUCCUUUUAGAACAACUGAGUAAGAAAACAUCCUUAAGUCAUCAAAGAACUAGUGAUGAGAAGAGAUCUGGUGAGAAGGAAGGAGAGUUUCUUGACCCAACAGGUGGGCAAUACACAGAGGAAGAGAUGCCCAAGGCAGGAAAUUCUAUAGAAAAGGCUCAAAAGAGCCCUCCAGAUGAAUUGGAAAACCACCCACCAAGCAAAGGAAGAGGAAAUGAGUUCCAAAAGAUAGGUCCAGGUCAAGGUGCUGCCAACUGUCCAAGGAGGCUCCCACGAGGACGUGUGAAUGGACCAGACAGACACAGGGAGGACCAUUUUCUAUUCCAAGAGAGAAGGUUAUUUCAUGCUCUGGAAGGAGGCCCUGAGCUAAAUGAAAAUAAAGACUCCACGGUGUUUCUUCAGAUGGAAGGAAUCAUGAUGAAAGACUCUGCCCUGGCUUCCCCAGAGAAUUCUGAGGCCCUGACAUCUCGGGAAGAUCAUCCAGACCCACCACCUCCAGAACGAGAGCAGCAGUCCAGUGAUGGGCCCUCUGACGUAGCUCAUCCCAUCAUCUUUCCAAAGACUUUCCGCUUUCCAAAGGGAAAUCUGGGCACCAAGGACACAGUAGUCCCUGAUGUAGCUAAGACAGAGGAGCUGCACACUAUCAAUGGGAAACCAAAAGAUGGAGCCAAGAAGAGCAAAGCAGGAGGCCUGGCGCUCACUGCCUUGGGAAGGGAACCCAAGCAAGAGAUAUCUUUCCAAGCUAGUGGUCAUGAGGGCUCCCAAGAAGACAUUAGCAAGACCUCUGUGGCCAAUAAAAUUAAGAUAUUUGAACGGGGUGACACUCAUGGUGUGGACAACCUCUGGGCAAGUGUAGGUGAUCCCAGGGCCUAUCCAAGUGAGCCGUCAUCUGAACCCUUCCCAGGGCAGGUGGAGCAGCAGCGUAACAAACUCUUGGAGCUGGGUUUUGUUCAACUUCAUCCCCCCAGUAAUGUCACUAGCCCCAAAGCUACAGAGCUUACCGGGUCAGCAUCAGAUACUGGUCACUUCUUGGCUACAUCAGCAGAUCCUUCCGGGGCUGUGCUCAUUGCCACCAAGUUACAGCAGGAAAGGGAUGAAGAGCUGAAACGUGCAUCCAUGGAUCCUGGCUCCAAGGCCAUAUUGGCAGAAGCCAGGAGCAAAACUCGGGAACCAGCUCGGGAAGAGAAGGACUUGUCAGGCUCAGCAGCUAAAGUUGCUCCAAAGGAGGAGAGCCGUUCAGCUGGGCCCCAGGCUGCCCAGAGAGCAGGGCUGAGGGAGGGCUCUGAAGAGAAAGUCAGACCCCUGCGUCCCCGGGCCCCAGAGAGCGACCCAGGAGAUGAGGACCAGGAGCAAGAGCGGGACUCGGCCUUCCUCAAGGACAACCACCUCGCCAUCGAACGCAAGUGCUCCAGCAUCACAGUCAGCUCCACGUCCAGCCUGGAGGCAGAGGUGGACUUCACGGUGAUCGGCGACUACCAUGGCACUGCCUUUGAGGACUUCUCCCGUAGUCUGCCUGAACUUGACCGAGAUCGGAGUGACUCUGAGACUGAGGGGCCGGUAUUCCCACGGGACCUUGAAAAGGCAGCCCCUGGCCAGGACGAAGAGUCUAAGGCAGUGGGUGAAGGCCCAGAACGUGGGAUCUGCCCUGCCCCUGACAUGCCCCACUUUGAGCCUGUGAAGACCGAGACGAUGACUGUCAGCAGCAUGGCCAUCAGAAAGAAGAUCGAGCCCGAGGCUGUAUUACAGGCCAGAGUCAGUACAAUGGAGGCAGCCCAGCAGGUGGACGGGGGCACAACUGGGGGGAAAGAGACAAUAACAACUUCCCAUUCUAUCACCACGGAAACCACGUGUACUACCAUGGAGAACAGUCUGAAGUCUGGGAAGGGAGCAGCAGCCAUGAUUCCAGGCCCGCAGACGGUGGCAACAGAAAUCCGUUCCCUUUCUCCGAUCAUCGGGAAAGACAUCCUCGCCGGGGCCUAUGGAGCCACUGCAGAAACCCUAUCUACUUCCACUACUACCCAUGUUACCAAAACUGUGAAAGGAGGAUUUUCUGAGACUAGGAUAGAGAAACGCAUCAUCAUCACAGGAGAUGAAGACGUAGAUCAAGACCAGGCAUUGGCUUUGGCCAUCAAGGAAGCCAAACUACAACACCCAGACAUGCUGGUAACCAAAGCCGUUGUAUACAGAGAAACAGAUCCAUCUCCUGAAGAAAGGGACAAGAAGCCACAGGAAUCUUGACCCCUGUGCAAAGAAGUUGGCAUCUCUAUUCAAACCAACUUGGAGAGCAGUUGAGGAGAGGGCCUUCACACUGGAUUCCACGACUAGACACAAGACAACCCAGCUGCAAUGUUCCGUCCCUGCUGAGAGACUACAAAGGAAGAGCAUAUAUAUGUAUAGAUAUAUAUAGGUAUAUAUAUAUAUACACAGCAAACAGAACACAGCCUUGCACUGCUACGGAAGUUGGGGGAAAAGAGAUCAAACCAAUGGCUAAAGCAAACCAACCAACCACCUACGUUCGCCUUUGCAGACAAAAAAAAAAAAUGAUGGGAUUUUUAAGAAAAGGAAGAAAAAGAAGAAAAAAAUACUACCACGAUAAACAGAAAUAAAAGCCAGACCCCUCGUGACAUCGCAGCUGCAUAGCAAGACGCAGGCUCUGCGUAUCCCAUCUCGCGAGGACUCAUAUGUGAUCCACUCCUUCUUUUCCAACAUUCGUCACCCAUGUGUAUGAUGAGGGGAAAUGCUUUGCUACAAAGCAAGCAUCCUAAAAGCUCCAAUGACAAAAGUGUUUGAAAGAAGGAAAGAAGAUCCCCACUGACAAAAGGAAGGAGUUCUUUCUUUCUGGGCCCAACACUGGGCUCCGUGGCUAGUAUCCAUACCCCUCUCUCCUCCCUCCCCCAAACUCAUGCUAGUCUUGUCGUACUCUCUCACCACCAUUGCCCAACUCUCUUUCUCUCUCCUCUCCUUGUCGCCCUCUCACCUCCUGUGUUCCACCCAGGGCUGCCCAGGGAAUUGCAGGCGACUCAGCAUUGGAAACAGAGAAUACUGGAGAGACAAAGCUGAAGAGAGAAAAAGUGGAUGUUGUGUGUCUGUGGCUUCUCACUACAAUGGUGCAGCCCAUCGGGGGGGAUUCGUACAGAUGUGCUUUUAAGUUAUGUAUAUUAUAUAUAACAGGGAAAAAUAUUAAAAUAAACAGUGCUGGUAAGUAUGAUGCCGAAGUUUUUAAAUUAUAAUUAUUUGGUUGAUGUAUUCUAAGGUUCUUAGAUCACACUGAAAUCCCACCCCAAGAGGCCUAGAGUCUGUGUGCAGGUUUUGUCACGGUGGCUGAAGGGAUUGUGUCGUGAAACAAUGUGUGGUGUUCGUCUUUGGUGGGUUGGUGGGGAGUGAGGGGCAAGUCCUAGGGUGGAGGGGCAGGGGUUUGGCAAGAAGGCAGCAGAGCCAUUGUCUAGAAUGUGCCAGUCAAAAAGGCCUCACUAUUUUCUGUCCCAUCCCCAUCCGUACCCCACCCACCUCUAGUACCCGCCUAGCUGGAUUCUGGGGAGGCCUAGUUUUUGCUUUGGGAAUGGAGGAAGAGGACUCGGGGCUCACUCACCUACCCUGGGACCUCAGACUCCUUCCCUAGGGAAUCAGCUUAGGUCUGAAGCCCCUUUUUUAUGGCCACAUUCCUUUUCCUCCCUGACCACAUUUGUGGCUGGCCCUUGGCCCUCAUUCUAAGAGCUCGGUGGGGCUUGCCCUGGCCCUACCUCCCAGUCUUCCUCAAAUUCACAAUCUCCCUUCUCUUCAUGUGCCAAAGGAUGAGCCAGAGUGGCAGCAGGGUGUGGGGGCACCCAGACCCAGUACAAGAAUUGUCAUGAUCAUAGAGGACUUGAAAACUCAAUCUCAGACUCUCGUUCCCAAAGCCCAAAUAUGACCUAGCGACCCAGUGACCUUGGACGAUUUUUUUAGCCUCUCUGGGCCUCAGUUUUCUCAUCUUUAAAAUGAGGGAGUUGGACUAAAUCACUACCCUCCAAGCUCUAAAUCCUCUUAUGAGCUAAGCUGGUAAUAAAAAGAGACCCAGGGCGGCUAGGUGGCUCAGUGGAUAGAGCACCGGCCCUGGAGUCAGGAGUACCUAAGUUCAAAUCUGGUCUCAGACACUUAACACUUACUAGCUGUGUGACCCUGGGCAAGUCACUUAACCCCAAUUGCCUCACUAAAAAAAAAAAAGAGACCCAAGUCAUUGGCUCCAUGGAAGAGAGUCUGGCCUCCUUCCUUCCCUUCUCUCUGCAUCUGAAUUCCAAGCCCAAGAACAAUGGAGCCCCCCUAGAAGGUACACAAAGAGCCUUUGAUGGAGAGCCUCAGUUCUCUUGGAUCAUACCCAUCACCAUAUCUGGUGUCCAUUGGUUGCUGGCUGGGGCUUAGUGGAGUCAGGGCCAGGGUUGGGUGACCCCCUCCAAGUGGGCUGCCACAGGGUAGGGCAUUAGGGGAGAAAUGCCCCCACUGCACUUUAGACAUCUCCUCCCCUUACUCCACUCCCCAAACACAUUUAAAUUCUAUUUAUCCACCUUCACAGAUUCUCAGAGCUGGAAAAGAUCUCAGAGGCAAUCAAGGUUCAACCCUGACCUGAACAGGAGUCCCUUCUUCAUCCUCCCUGACAAGUAGGGGUGGUGUGAGAGAUAGGGCAACACCAUGGUGACUUCCCUUUGGGGUUAUCCAGGUCUGAGUAGCUUCCCCUGCCAAUUCUAGCUUUAGCCAAGGGGUGCUGGGUGUGCUUCCUUUCUUAGCCUACCUUCGACACCACUACCCUAUCCCCAAGCACUCUAGGCAAGGCAAAAGAUCAGAGCACUGGAAGGGCCCUUUAGGUCCCAGGAGAGGAGGUGUGGAAGGACCCCCUGUCUGUGGUCCAGACCUCUGUUCCCAAGAAAUGACCCUGGCCCAAGCUGCCUGUCUCAGGUUCUAAUGACUCCCACAGGUCCUAUGCCUCCUGUGAGAGUGUUCAGUGGUUACCCUUUCUGGAGGGGUUCUAGGAUGCACAUGAUCACUGGGAGUUGCAGGGUGAGCCCCUUCACUGGAGAACUCCAGACAGUCCCACCCUUUUCUUCCCCAAAGAGGUGGGAACCAAGGGAGCAGGUCUCUUAGACAGCGAAGCUACAAAAUAAAGCCAUUGGCUCCUAGCCACCCAUGCCCUCCAUGGAAAACAUUAGGCAUAGACUUUGUCUCCCUCUCCCCGUCCCUCCUUUCACUUCUCCUUUGCUCGUCUUCUCUCUUAGAGGCAGGGGAGAAGUCUAGGUGUGAGGACACCCUGGUCCUAGUCUUAGCUCUCCCACCAACUCACUGUGCCACAUUGGGCAAAUAAAUAACUUCUUCCUCUCUGAGCCUCACGUCCUCAUCCAUGAAAAUUGGGGGCAGGGGGCUGGACCUGGUGACCCCCUGAGAUUCCUCCAGUUCUAAGAUUCUGUGAAGCCUUCUGUUUUAUUUCUCUGGAUCCCUUCAGGCUGAGGGUGCGGGAAGUGUCAGUGCCUGUUAAAAAUACUGAAUCCUGCAAGCACAUUCCAAGACUGGCCUGCAAUUGCAUGAACAACGACACUAUAAAUCAAUUAUUUUUUCAGAAGCACCUUUGACCAACCGACUGCGACAGCCUCCUUCUUGUUCCCUCGCUAACCCCCGCUCCCUCGUGCCCCCCAGUCCCCUCCCCGCCAGUGCUCCGUGCUGUAUGCGUGUGUGCUCUCUGUUCUUGUACUCAAUAAAAGUGAAAUAAAUGUGUUUGAUUCUGAACCAGA